AUGUGUUCCAGGCAUACCAAAUACAAUCGUGCUACAGAGAACAGCCUUGAAGUCAUCCUCAAUUUCGACCGCUCCCAGCUUGCGAACGGGGGACCUAGUCAGGAUCGCUUCUACCGCCUCAGUAGCAGCAGCAGCUACAAGCGUCCACAAGGUCCUGGCGAAGUCCUCAAGGUCGAAGAUGUCACCGAUCCAACCCCAUAUAAUAUCCCCGCCAAAGCAUCACUCUCUUGUAUUAUCUAUUCAGCCACUAACCAGAACGGGACGCUAGUACCUGCCUCUGCAUGUGUCUUAUGGACGUACACAGUCAAAGAGUUUAGCACGCAGUUAAACCGUCAGUCUAAAGCAAAGGCUCCUGCCGUGCUCUGGACGCACGGUACCUCCGGAGCAUAUGCCGACAGUGCUCCCUCAGCGCAUCGAUCUCUUUUCUAUGGCGAACUCGUUCCCUUUACCCUUGCUCAGGCUGGUUACGCUGUUAUUGCACCAGACUACGCCGGUCUGGGCGUCCAGACCUCCUGGGACGGGAGCUUUAUUCCGCACCAAUACAAGGGAAGCCGCUCGCGAAAAAUUGCACUCAAUCUACGCUGGAGCCCUUUUUGCCAGUCACGUCAUACCAAAACACCACCCAGUCAUUUACCCAGUGGGCAACCUUUUGCAGUUACGCUCGAUGCAUCAAUCUACACACUCCAUUAUCUCGGAAUUCUGUUAUCAAGGAAGUUCUAUGUUAUUAGCAUGGCUACUGUGCUUGUAACUGGUGGCUCAGGCUAUGUGGCUUCUCACUUGAUCUUAAAACUAUUACAAGAGGGCUAUACCGUCAAAACUACAAUCCGAAGCCUCUCUAAAGAAAAAAAGGUCAGAUCAGCGUUACAAAAGGCUGGUGCGGUACACCUGAACCGCCUAUCAUUUCAUCCCGCGGACCUGACUCAAGAUAAAGGAUGGGCAGAGGCUAUCCAAGGAUGCUCCUACGUCCACCAUGUUGCAUCUCCAUUCCCCGGCCAGGCACCAAAAGAUGAAAAUGAGUUGAUCAUACCAGCAAAGGAGGGAACUAUACGAGUUUUAAAGGCGGCACGCGAGGCUCAUGUGAAGAGACUCAUAUUUACAUCUUCUUUUGCAACAAUUGGGUAUGGAGAUGGCGAUAAGAGAGAAGCAUACACUGAAAAAGAUUGGUCUGUGUUGGAUGGCCUACCAGCAUAUCACAAAAGCAAGACAUUAGCAGAACAGGCCGCAUGGGACUUUAUUGAGUCUGAAGGAGGAGAUCUGGAACUUAGUGUUGUCAAUCCAGUGGGAAUCUUCGGCCCCGUGAUGAGCAAAUCCAUCUCUUCAUCGAUCGACUUGAUAAAGAAGCUGAUGGACGGCAGCGUGGCGAAAUGUCCCCGGACGUAUUUCAAUAUUGUGGACGUCCGAGACUUGGCAGAUCUGCAUGUCCGAGCCAUGCUCGAUCCCGCAGCAAAACAUCAGCGGUUCAUUGCCAGUUCUGAUGGCAAACCCUUGGCUUUAAUUGACGUCGCUCGCAUUAUUUCUCAAGGUAGACCUAAUGAAGCACUGAAAGUACCAAUAGGCGAGAUGUCGUCAUGGGUCGUUCGAUUUGCGGCUUUAUUCAGCCCUGCUGCCCGACAAGUGGUUCCAUUUCUAGGAGUUAUUAGACUGCUUGACAAUGGAAAAGCAAAAAGGGUACUUGGUUGGACACCAAGGGCUGUGGAAGAUACUAUUCUAGAUACUGUUGACAGUCUAGUGGAAUAUUCAAUUGUAUAG